GGCUCUCUGCAAGUCAAACGCUUAUUUAGUUUUGUAUGUAAUUUAAUUAAUCUUCUUCUUUUGACGAGAUUCGUCUUAUUUAUUGUCUUUUGGAUAACAAGCAAUCCCUUGGGAACUUUUAGCUUGAAUUUCACGAUUUUCCAGCUCAAAAGAUCAUCGGGGAACUCCUUUACUCAGAUUUAAAACUUUUAUCAGAGUUGUAACUUUGUGUCAUUUUAAAGUUUCCGGGAGAGAAAGCCAGCAAAAGGUCUAUUUUGUGAAGUUGAUUGCUCAGAAAGCUCAUACAAUUUGCAAUGGAAGAGCGAUUCCAUCUGGGUUGAAAUUCUAAAAUGCAAGAGAUGAACAAGAAAAUUAGAAGCAAUUACAGAGAAAAUUGGAUUGAGUACGGGUGCUAAAAGAUGAGGAAAUCAUGCUUCCCAAAAUGCAGAUUGGGGAGAAUAAUGGGUUGGCUUCAGAUCUUAUUAGGAACCCUUGUCAUACUUGAUGUUUAUGAUGGAUUUGAUAUAAGAUCACUGUCAGAAAGAGUUGAGGAAGUACUGAACAAGAUGGAAAAUUUGCAAGAAAAACUUGAGAAAACUGUGCAACAGAUGGAGAAGAACAAAGGGGAACUACAGAGAACUACCAUUCCAGGUUUGGAGUAUAAGAAAUUUUUGGAGGAAGAGGUGAUCAGGCCUCUCUACAUUGCUCACAUUUCUCUUAGACAGAUUCGUUUGCCUAAGUUUGAAGGAAUUGGAAACUCAACGAUGAAGGAGGAGCCUUUGAUUAAUGCAUUUGUGACCGAAGAAAUCCGGAAGUAUAUAACCCCAAAAGACAACAGAUUUGAGAAGGUUAAUAUAUAUGGAACUGAGAAGAUUUACAACACAAUAGGGCACACAUGUGUGUUGAUGAAGAAAGAAUUGGAGGAGUACAUGGACUAUGAUAUAGGAUCAUACUGCAAAGACGAUUGGAACUUGGCCCAGAAACUCAUGGUUUAUGGUUGUGAUCCUUUGCCACGAAGGCGGUGCUUGACAAGAGCCUCUAAGGUGUACCAAAAACCCUAUCCCAUCAAUGAGUCUCUAUGGAAGCUACCAGAUGAAAGAAAUGUGAGAUGGAGCAACUAUCAAUGCAGGGACUUUGCGUGUUGGUCGAGCAAGAAUCCCAAAAGAGGUUUUUCCAAGUGCACAGGGUGUUUUGAGAUGGAGAAGGAGGAGUUGAAAUGGGUAACUAAUAGCUCACUCCCUGUAGAGUUCCUAAUCAAGGAUAUUCUAGCUAUUAAGCCUGGAGAGAUCAGGAUUGGCCUAGACUUCGGUGUUGGUACUGGGACAUUUGCUGAUUUUGAGGCCAAGAGGGUUGCUGUGGAUUGACCAGUUCUUCUGUCAAAAAAAAGAUCUUCUUUUUUUUUUUUUGAACAGAAAAUAAUGAUAAAGUAUCGAC